AGCUACGUCAUAACAGUGCGACGGCGUAGCUGUUCAAGCAUCAUCAAACAUGGCUUCUAGACUAGAAAUAAAUUUUAUUAGAUUGCUUUCUCGUUGUGAAUCUAUUGCUUCAGAUAAACGAGGAGAGACGGAAUGGAGACUGGAGAAGUAUGUGGCUGCUUUGGAGGAGAUGCUGGUUGCACUGAGGAAAAACCCAAGCAAACCAACGCCAGAGGUUUUGACAGAAUAUACAAGAAAAGUAGAUUUUCUAAAAGGACUUCUUGAGGCUGAAAAACUAUCUUCACCAGCUGAAAAAGCAUUAGCUAAUCAGUUCCUUGCUCCUGGGCGAACACCAACAAUUUCAAAUGAGAGGAUGUCUGCCACUAAAACUGUCCACAUGCAGACCAAAGCCCGGUGCACAGGAGAAAUGAGAGCGGAGUUGCUCUCCACGAAUCCACCCCAAAAAGGUGCAACUGAAACAGAACUGCGAAACAGAAGAGGUCUGCCGGUGGAUGAACAUCAGUCUGCAGCGGAGCUUGAUGCUGUUCUUCAACACCAUCAUAACCUUCAGGAGAAAUUGGCCGAAGACAUGCUCAAUCUGGCCAGAAACCUGAAAAAUAACACACUGGCUGCACAAAACAUUAUCCGUCAGGACAACCAGACAUUGAGCCAGUCCAUGCGUCAAGCUGAUCUGAACUUUGAAAAGCUUAAAACAGAGUCUGAACGGCUGGAGCAACACACAAAGAAGUCUGUGAACUGGCUGCUGUGGCUCAUGCUCAUCCUGGUGUCUUUCACCUUCAUUAGUAUGAUCCUCUUCAUCAGAAUCUUCCCCAGACUCAGAUGAUCACUAAUCAGUGCUACUUAACUUUAAAGUCUUCACAAGAACUACAACAUACCUGUUUACUAAUAUGAAGUAGCCCUGUUGUAGCACUGGGUUGAUGGACACUUGGAAAAGAAACAAAUCAGAUUUUCUGUAAUAAUUUUUCUCUUAUGCGAUUCUUUUGAUGGUAAUUUUUAGUUUUUACAUUAUUUUUGAGAAACAAAAAAUGUAAUUGCCUUUAUUAUACUCAUUCUCAAUGUAGGCCCAACAACAAAGAAAUUUUAUAAAAUCAUCCACUCAAACAUGUAUAAAAUCAAAUUAACAAAAUUUUUCUUGCCCUGACCCAAAUCCAUCAAGCUGCUAAAAAGGUAUCCUACCUUUCGUUUGUUCCACCUAUAUAAAUGAAAGAAAACAUUCAAAUUUACAUUGUAUGUAUUUCUAUGUCUUCCAAUGCUAAUAUGUUUGGUAUUUAUUAAUUGCCCUUUAAUAUAUGAUAAAAUACUACCGCCUGUGUAUAAUCUGUAUAAAGUGCAAUUUAAGCACUUUAUUGUUAGUAUAACAUUUGAAUACAUCAUAACUUUUUUUCCUUUUUUUUGCUUUGAUGUUUGAUUUUGCAAAUAGAUUUUAUAUUUUACAUUAGAGUAGUAACAAAUGGUAGAGGAACAAAGCAUUACACUUACAUAUUUAUACUUGGUUUUUAUCUUCAACUAAGCCUAGUUUAUAUUGUCAUUGAAUUUAUUUCUGGAGUAGCACUACACCACAUGUGUUUGCUCAGGCAGUUUCUCACAACCGACCACAGCCCUCCAGUCUUCGAUUCUCACCACUCAGUGAGUGCAGUAACCUCUUUUGUCCUGUGAGGGUCAGUCUUGGCUUUCACCUAAUGAUCAUAGUGACCUUGAUGACCUGCAUGCAUUGCAGCCUGAUUGAGCCAUAAAUCUGUUUAAAAUAUGAUUCUUUUUAAAGAUAUGAUGUGAUGCUUGAAAAGAGUUCAAAUGUUAAACUUUGACCAAUACACUGUAUAAGAGUAUGUUUGUGUAUUCAAGUUGUUAGUCCAGUGGCACUACAUUAGUAAACAUGCUAUGCUCUUAACUAAAACUGAGGUUAAAAGAUCUUCAAAGAAAGCGCUGGAUCCUAAUGCAUUCCUAGUGUGUGUUUGUGUCUUGUGUUGCAGCCCUGCUUGUCCAGGCUUGCUGUGCCGCUGGUCUUUCUGUAUUUUGGCCUUCAUUGCUUUGGGCUGGGCUCAGGUCUAGCUACAGCACUGGGUAUUUUAGAUCUCUGGGGGGCAUUCUGCCUGCUGAAGCCGAAGUAUGCAGGCCACCAUAAGGCCAAAUGAGGUUGUGUCUCAGUAAAAUCAUCAUCCCUUAGAUUAACCGCAGCUGUUUGCACCUCCAUUCUCAGGGCUUU